AUGGCGUCGGGGGCGGCGGGGCACGACAUCUGGAUCGAGCACGAGGUGUAUGUCCAUUUGACUGCAUACGCGCGCGAUAAUGUGUGCGGAACAAUGUACAUAGCAGCGGAAGGUGAACCGGCGACGUCGGCCAACACAUCGCUCGGGUUUCGCGCGCUGGUCCCGUCGGGAUCGGAGAAAAAGGCCCGCCGCGCACGGGGAACGUCGUUCGAAUACCCCAUCACACGCGUGCGCUCGCUGCGCAUAAGUCCCCCGUCGGCAGUGCGGACGUACGGAUCGGUGCUGGUGCGCACCAACGACGAGACGCCGCCUGUCACGCUCUUUUUUCACAACUCCGACGAGGAGGCCUGGGGGGGGAAACGCCUCCUCAACGCAUUACAGACCUACGCCGAGGUCGUCGCGAGCCGUCAGGACCUCGGGCUGUACCUCGUGAAUCCGGACAAGGAGCUGCGUGCAGUGCACGUCUCGCCGAUAUUUGACGAUGCAAUCGACACGGCUCGCGUCAAGAGCACACCGGAAUCCUUCUCGCAGUGGGCCCACCUCACGCGAAUCUCGGUCCUUGCGCAGUUCUCGCAGGUGACACGCAGUGCGCGAGAGUCCCGCGAGGCGAUCCUCUCGCAUCCACUCGUGCGCCGCGCCGUGCCGCAGGAACCGAGUGCGACACAGUCCAAGGCGCAGGCCGGGCCGUACAUGGUCAGCACGCAGUCAGGCAUGCCGGCGCCGCCAGAAGAGUUUGAUGCGGCGCGCGUGUACCUGGCAAAGUGGGCACAGUACGUUGCGCGCGAGGGCGAGCGCAACCAGGUCGCCGAGCAGGACGACGAGCCGGACGUCGAGUCGCUCCUCGGCACGACCCCGAUUCCAAGCGCCGGCGACGCAGGCGCGAUACGGUCCGCACCGCCGAUCGAUGCGGCGGCGUGGAAGGAGCUGCUUGCCAGCGGCGCGGACGCGUCAGCGCUGGCGCAGCACAUAUUUCACCGCGGCAUCGCGCCAGGCGCGCGAAGGGACGUCUGGCCCUACCUCAUGGGCGGCGUGCCGCUCGCUGCGGAUGCUGCGGCGCAGGAAUCCGCGCGCGCAGACAAGAAAGCCGAGUAUACCCAGCUUGCUGCAGAGUGGAAGGCGCCGGACGCAGCCCUGCCCGAGAUUGUCGAGUCGUCCAAGCACCGCAUCUGGAUCGACUGUCUCCGUGCCGAUACCAAGCACGACUUUUUCCAUGAGGAGAAUGAGGAGGAAGCACGCGAGGCCGUCGCUGCCAUGGAAGCGAGCGGGUGGGAACGCAUGCCCCACCAAGGCUCGAGCGCGAAGCAGGUCAACUACCACCUGUAUGCGGUGAGCGAAAUCCUGCUCACGUUUUGUCUGUAUGCAGAGCGCGCGAGCGGCCCCGAUGCCUUGCCGCCCGUCCACGGCUACGUGCAGGGCAUGAGCGACUUGUGCCUCGUGUGCUACAAAGCGUGCCAGGGCGACGUGCCGAUGUCGUUCUGGUGCUUUGUGGGUGUGAUGCGGCGCUUAGGUGCCAACUUUGUGCAGGACCAGACGGGAAUGCGCCACGAGCUGGUGACGCUGCAACGCAUGCUCGCCGAGCUCUCUCCGAGUCUCUAUGCCUACUUGCAAGCCGUCGACGGCCUCAACCUCUUCUUUUGCUUCCGCUGGAUUUUGGUCUGCUUCAAGCGCGAGUUUGCGCUGGAUGACGUCGAGCGCCUCUGGGACUCGAUUUGGUCCGCAAACUGGAGCACGUCGAGCGACGGCGUCGAUUCACCGCAGUGGCCGCUGUGCCACGACUUUGAGCUCUUCAUCGCCCUGGCCAUCCUCGAGAGCCACGCGUCGGUAAUUGUGCGCCACCUCAAGACCUUUGACGAGGUGCUCCAAUACAUCCACUCGCUGGCGUACCAGAUGGACGUGCACGCGAUCCUGCGUCGUGCCGAAGCGCUCGUGUACCGCCUGCGUGGCCGCACCCAGCAUCCCCACACGGUGCUCGAAGAGAAUCUCAGUGCCUUGGUCCUACGCUAG